GUGCGCCUGCGCGCCGAGGUUCCAUUCUUACCAAGCCCAAGCUGCAGCUUUAUCGGCAACACAGGGGCGGAGAAGAGCAUCAGCCAUGCAUUGCAGCAGCAGGAGCAGCAGCGGGGAUUAGAGGCAUCUGCUGCUCCCAUUCGUCUGAAUGCCUCUUUUAGGACGUGCAGGAGUCCAAAUAUCUUUGCGCCUGCCUCCAGUGUCGGCGCCACUGCCUCCGCCGCCAGGAUGGAUUGCUGAACAGAGAAGCAUCAUAGACCUGGUCAUACAGCACGGCUGGUCCGCUCCCAGCUUUAUUUAUCUAUUACUAGUUAUUUUGAAUUGAACUUUUAAUAACCUGCCAGCUGCUCUUCAGACACACAUGGUGCAUUGUUGCCAUUCCCAGAAUCACGUCUUUGAAAUCCAGGCCCUUGGUAACCUCCUUCGAACAAAGAGGCGACCUAGAGGAGACAUCUAUAGCAGGACUUUUCAAACCUGCUGCCCUCUAGCUUCUCCGCUGACUGUGCUGUUUUCCUAGCACAACAUGGAGCCCACCAUGGAGGGUUGCUUGGUCCAGGUUCUGCAGAAGGAUGUUGGGAAGAGACUUCAGGUUGGCCAAGAACUGAUAGACUAUUUCUCAGAUAAACAGAAAUCUGCCGAUCUGGAACAUGAUCAGACCAUGCUGGAUAAAAUGGUUGAUGGCCUUGCUACCUCGUGGGUAAAUUCCAGCAAUUAUAAGGUUGUCCUGCUGGGCUUGGACAUCUUAUCUGCGCUGGUGUCACGGCUCCAAGAUAGAUUUAAAGCCCAAAUUGGAACAGUACUACCGAGUUUAAUCGACAGACUGGGGGAUUCGAAAGACUCGGUUCGAGAGCAGGAUCAGGCAUUGCUGCUAAAAAUCAUGGAGCAAGCUGCUAGCCCUCAGUACGUAUGGGACAGGAUUUUGGGAGCAUUUAAACACAAGAAUUUCCGGACUAGAGAAGGAAUUUGCCUCUGCCUUAUUGCAACACUCAAUGCAUCUGGAGCUCAGAGUUUAACACUGAGCAAGAUUGUGCCACAUAUAUGUAAUUUACUUGGAGAUCCAAACAGCCAGGUUCGCGAUGCAGCAAUAAAUAGCCUAGUAGAAAUCUACAGACAUGUAGGUGAACGUGUAAGGGCUGAUCUCAGCAAAAAAGGAUUGCCACAGUCUCGGUUGAACAUCAUUUUUACAAAAUUCGAUGAGGUCCAGAAAUCAGGAACCAUGAUCCAGGGAUCAGGUGAUAAAAACUUUGAUGAUGACGACUCUGUGGAUGGGAACAGGCCUUCCUCAGCCAGCUCCUCGACAUCUUCAAAGGCUCCAUCAACCUCUCGAAAAUCUGGGAUGAGUUCUGCUCGCAGAGUUGGAACAACACCUCUGGUCUCAAAGGCUCCAGCGACUAAAGAAGGAGCUGGUGCCGUUGAUGAGGAGGAUUUCAUUAAAGCUUUUGAAGAUGUCCCAACAGUUCAGAUUUAUUCUGCCCGAGACCUUGAAGAAUCCAUAAACAAAAUCAGAGAAAUCCUGUCUGAUGACAAACAUGAUUGGGAACAGAGAGUAGCUGCACUAAAAAAGAUCCGGUCUUUAUUGCUGGCUGGAGCUGCUGAGUAUGAUACCUUUUUUCAACUCCUGCGGCUCCUCGAUGGAGCGUUUAAACUAUCUGCUAAAGACUUGCGGUCCCAGGUGGUGCGAGAGGCUUGUAUCACAUUGGGGCAUUUGUCAUCAGUCUUGGGUAACAAGUUUGACCAUGGGGCAGAAGCCAUCAUGCCAACAAUCUUUAAUCUCAUUCCCAACAGUGCCAAAGUAAUGGCCACCUCUGGUGUGGUAGCUGUUAGAUUAAUUAUCCGGCAUACACACAUCCCUCGACUAAUCCCCAUCAUCACCAGUAACUGUACCUCCAAAUCUGUCGCAGUUAGAAGGCGCUGUUUUGAAUUUUUAUAUUUACUUUUACAAGAAUGGCAAACACACUCCCUAGAAAGGCACAUAUCAGUAUUGGCUGAAACACUAAAGAAGGGAAUCCACGAUGCUGACUCUGAAGCACGGAUAAAAGCCAGAAAGUGUUACUGGGGCUUCCACAGCCAUUUUAGUCGAGAAGCAGAGCAUCUGUUCAAUUCGUUGGAGUCCUCAUACCAGAAAGCCCUGCAGUCUGACUUGAAGAACUCUGACAGCAUAGUGUCCUUGCCUCAGUCUGACCGCUCCUCUUCUAGCUCCCAGGAGAGUCUCAAUCGCCCGCUGUCUGCCAAAAGAAGUCCAACUGGAAGCACUACAUCGCGAGCUUCUACAGUGAGUGCAAAAUCUGUGUCUGCAUCAGGGUCUCUCCAACGUUCUCGCAGUGACAUUGAUGUGAAUGCAGCAGCCAGUGCCAAAUCUAAAGUCACUUCUGGAUCAGAUGCCCCCUUCAGCUCAGCAGCAGCCUUGCCCCCGGGUUCAUAUGCAUCUCUAGGUCGGAUCCGCACAAGGAGGCAAAGCUCUGGAAGUACCACCAGUAUCACCUCAUCACCUGCUGACACUCGAGGCCGCAGCCGGGCUAAAGUAGUUUCACAGUCCCAGCCUGGCAGUCGGUCCAGUUCCCCUGGCAAGCUGUUGGGAAGCGCAUACGGUGGACUGAGCAGUGGAACAACCAGAGGACACCCAGCGCCAUCCCCUGCUGAAAAACGCAGCAAGGUCCCUCGAAGCCAGGGCUGCAGCCGAGAGACCAGUCCAAACAGGAUAGGUCUAGCACGGAGCAGCCGUAUCCCCCGACCCAGCGUGAGUCAGGGGUGCAGCCGCGAUACCAGCCGUGAGAGCAGCCGAGAUACAAGCCCUGCUCGGGGCUUCCCUCCACUUGCCUCUCGACGUCAUUCCAGGUCCACUAGCGCUCUCUCCACUGCUGAUUCUGUUGGGCAGUCAGACCGGUUUGGGCUUGGACAGCCAGGCAGGUUGCCUGCCUCUAUGAAUGCAAUGCGAGUCCUCAGCACAAGCACAGAUCUGGAGGCUGCUGUGGCGGAUGCACUGCUCUUAGGAGACUCCAGAAGCAAGAAAAAGCCAGUGAGACGAAGGUAUGAGCCAUAUGGGAUGUAUUCUGAUGAUGAUGCAAACAGUGACGCAUCAAGUGCUUGCUCAGAGCGCUCCUACGGUUCCCGAAAUGGAGGUAUCCCACACUAUCUGCGGCAGACGGAAGAUGUGGCCGAGGUCUUAAAUCACUGUGCAAGUUCCAACUGGUCUGAGAGGAAAGAGGGGCUAAUAGGUCUACAAAACUUAUUGAAGAGCCAGAGGACACUGAGCCGAGUUGAGUUGAAAAGACUGUGUGAGAUCUUCACACGCAUGUUUGCUGACCCGCACAGCAAGGUUUUCAGCAUGUUUCUUGAAACCCUGGUAGACUUCAUCAUUAUUCACAAGGAUGAUUUGCAGGAUUGGCUUUUUGUCCUCCUUACACAGUUGCUCAAGAAGAUGGGAGCUGACUUGCUGGGCUCAGUACAGGCAAAAGUGCAGAAAGCUCUGGAUGUAACAAGGGAUUCUUUUCCAUUUGAUCAACAGUUUAAUAUUUUGAUGAGAUUUAUUGUAGAUCAGACCCAAACACCAAACCUUAAGGUAAAAGUGGCCAUCCUGAAGUAUAUUGAGUCCUUGGCCAGACAGAUGGACCCCACAGAUUUUGCAAACUCCAGUGAGGCAAAACUUGCUGUUUCUAGGAUCAUUACUUGGACAACAGAACCAAAGAGCUCGGAUGUGAGAAAGGCAGCACAAAUAGUCCUUAUUUCUCUGUUUGAACUGAACACUCCUGAGUUUACCAUGUUACUUGGUGCCUUGCCCAAAACAUUCCAGGACGGUGCUACCAGGCUGCUACACAACCACCUCAAGAACUCCAGUAACACUAGUGUGGGUUCUCCUAGCAAUACUGUUGGCCGAACUCCUUCACGUCACCCUAGCAGCAGAACCAGCCCCUUAACUUCACCUACCAACUGUUCUCAUGGAGGACUCUCCCCAAGUCGUUUCUGGGGUUGGAGUGCAGAUGGGCUGUCGAAGCACCCCCCUCCCCUUUUUCAGCCUAACUCCAUCCCCGUUGCUCCUCCUCACAAGACUUUCAGGCGCUCUUACUCUCCCAGCAUGUUGGAUUACGACACAGAGAACCUAAAUUCUGAUGAAAUUUACAGUUCCCUUCGUGGAGUCACAGAAGCAAUUGAAAAGUUUAGUUUCCGCAGUCAAGAAGAUCUCAAUGAACCAAUCAAGCGUGAUGGAAAGAAGGACAGUGACAUUGUUUCUCGAGAUGGCUGCUUAGCCUCACCAGCCACUGAUAUGCGUGGAGGCAGCGAUGUUGUGGAAGGGGGAAGGAUGGCUCUUGAUAACAAAACUUCCCUACUCAACACCCAGCCCCCGCGUGCAUUUUCGGGACCCCGAGCCCGGGAGUACAAUCCUUACCCACACUCAGAUACUAUCAGCGCCUAUGACAAGAGUGCCCUUAAAGAGGCGGUGUUUGAUGACGAUAUUGAUCAGCUUCGGGACGUGCCCAUUGAUCAUUCUGAUUUGGUAGCUGAUCUUUUAAAAGAGUUAUCCAACCACAAUGAGCGGGUAGAAGAACGGAAAGGAGCCCUUUUUGAGCUACUGAAGAUUACAAGGGAAGACAACCUGGGAGUUUGGGAGGAGCAUUUCAAGACCAUUUUGCUGUUAUUGCUGGAAACACUUGGAGACAAAGAUCAUUCAAUAAGAGCCUUGGCACUGAGGGUGUUGCGAGAAAUCUUGAGGAACCAGCCUGCAAGGUUUAAGAACUAUGCUGAACUAACUAUCAUGAAGACUCUGGAAGCACAUAAAGAUUCUCACAAAGAGGUUGUGAGAGCUGCUGAGGAAGCCGCUUCCACUCUGGCCAGCUCCAUCCACCCUGAGCAGUGCAUCAAAGUGCUGUGCCCCAUCAUUCAGACAGCUGACUAUCCAAUCAAUCUGGCUGCUAUUAAAAUGCAAACUAAAGUCAUUGAGAGGAUCUCAAAGGAGUCUUUGCAUCAACUUCUUCAAGACAUCAUCCCUGGCCUGUUGCAGGGCUAUGACAACACAGAAAGCAGUGUUCGCAAAGCCAGUGUAUUUUGCCUCGUGGCAAUCUAUUCUGUUAUUGGUGAAGAACUGAAGCCUCACCUUGCACAGCUCACUGGGAGUAAGAUGAAGCUCCUCAACUUGUACAUAAAGAGGGCCCAGACCACCAACAGCAACAGCAGCUCAUCUUCAGAUGUUUCCACGCACAGUUAAUGGAGAUCUUUGGACAUGCCUGUAGACAUAGAAGCCAUCAGCUGUGCCUCUCAGAGACCCUCCCCUCAUCAGCACGCUCCACCCGCUGAUGGAGGCCAUGCAGAUAUUUAUUGCAAUCAGUAUUUUUAGUCCUUUUAAAAGCUUUCUAUGGUAGGAUAUUAUUGUUAUUGAAUGUAAAGGAAGCAAGGCCUGGGUUGCAGUCUUCUUCAUUGAAAAAAAAGGCGAUAGAACACACCAUGGUUUAACACAUUGCAGUUAUCCACUGACAUUUUGGGGGUCAUACUUACAGUAGACUCUUUGAAAUCAACGGGCUUAAGUUCAUCAUGUGAGUUGAUUUCAGUGGAUCUACCUUGAGUACGACUUCUUGGAUUCAGACCUUGGUUUUUUUUUUAUUAGGUUGUGUUUGUAUCUAUCAAACAUUUGACUAGUUAUUCCUGUUCCUCUAAUUUCAGGAAUGUGUCCUUGUUUCAGAGAUGAGGUUAAAAUUUAGAAUGGCCUCACUUGGGUUUUUCAGGAGAAACCCCUACAUUCUUUAAAAGAAAGGAAAGGAAAGGAAACUAGGCCCCUCAACCCACUUUUUAAAAUUAUUAUGGGGGAGGGGGGAGACACCCACACAAACAAAUUUUAUAGUACCAUCAUCUGAGUGACAUCGGUCAUGAAAAUUCCCUGGGAGAUCUCAGCAAACUUGCAAUGGUGCUGUUUAUAUAGGGCAGAUGCACUUUCCCUACUAUAACCCAUUUAAGACCUGCCUCUGUGUAGAUGUUUCAAUCAUCUGAUUAUUAUUUUUAGCACAUGCUGAGAAACAUUUUUUUUAAGUGAAAAAAGAAAAGAAAGCAAAGCUAUAUGCUGUGAUAUAGUCUUGGUUACAGUAUUCGCUGGGGAUUGAAUUCCUUCUGUAACAAUUUAAUCUAGUUUUAUGAAAUCUUAGAGUGAAUGCACUGUAAUAUCUCUGAACUGGUUAAGUAUCAACACUGUCAAAGGAACUGACAACCUAUCUCUUAGAAAAGAUAUGUGAAAUGUGCUACUACUGCUGCUUCAAUCCUCAGUAUGAAAUUUGUACUUUCCAAAGCUCAAUUGGCUUUUGUAGGAGCUGCAACUCAGAUAACCAGGCCUUUCUUUCUUAAUAAAACACUGCUUUCGUUUGUCAACCAAUGCUCCUUAGUGUGACACUUUUUCUGUUGCCACCUCCCCACCCAACCUUUGAGUACUCCAGGAGUUUGUCACCCCCCCCCCCCAAACCACCACACAAUCUGGUUUAUUUAUAAUCUUGUUUUGUGUCUACUGUACAUAGCAAAUUGUUCCCCUUCUCUCUCAGCAUUUCAGAUAUGACUCUGUUUCAUUAGGGUAGUACUCAAAGGGCUAGGUAGUACUCAACCUGCACCAAUCUGCUUUCUUAAAGCUAUACAGUUGAGGGUGGGGUGGGUGUUUCUUCCAGGCACAAGACCCCUUUGGCUACCAAUCCAUACAUGCUGGUGAAGACAAAUCUGCAUGAUGUUGGCGCUUAGCUGCCAGAUUACGGAGGGCUCCUACCUUUUCUCAGCACUGUCCAAAUGUCUGCAGCUGCCUUUUUACUUGCUGCCUCCUUACGCAGGGCUUUAACUUUUCAGACCUUUUGAAAGAGGUUUCUUUUUCUUUGUAUUCUUCCCCAUCCUCUCAUCCCCCCCCCCUCCCUCACCCCGCACCCAUUUCCCUCCUCUUCCCAGACCUUCAUAUCUGAGAAUCCGCACAGAACAUCCCUGCCUGCUGUUGGGUUGGGUUCGAUGGAGAUGUACAUGCUGCCAGUGGGGCGCCAGCGUCCCAGGGCAUGAGCAAACAAAUCAAUGCAACCCCUUUCACACCAUCUGAAGUACUGUUGGUCUCUUAUAUAGUCCUGCAUCGAUUGAGGCAUGUGGCUUCCUUUUAAAAGGUACACUAUGUGUGCUUGCCUGGAUUACAGUACAACACAAGACCUUUUCUAUCGCUUCCUAGUAGCUUCUCAAUAACCUGUAUAAGUAAUGUAACUUGCAACGUUGUCAUAUAAAUCUUCUUUCUACCACCCUCCCAGACCCUUUUAUUUAUCAAGUGUAGUAGUUCAUAUUAAAGGACAACAGAGAAAUGUUUGUAGAAUGCAGCCGGAUUUUGCUAACAGUAAUAAUGUUUUAAAUGGGAAGGAUGGGCUUGUAAAGCCACUCAAAACAGUCAGCCAUCAGAAAAGAGUUUGUUGGCACAGUGUUCACGCGCAUGUAUUUAAUUUCUAUUUUUGGGUUGGUUAUUUUAUUUCUUUUAUUUCUCUUUUUUUGGGCGCUUUUGUCAUGUUACAUCCAUAUCUGUAUUUAUAUCUUAUUUGUUUCACUUUUGAGUGUAUCAUGGCAAAUGUACAGAUGUUUUUAUGUUAACAUUUACAUGAUAGAAUUUGCUAAAAAAUGAAAUAAAACUUUUUGAGUUUGCCCUAGAAUAAAUGACAGUUAAAUUUAAGUCCUUAUGGGAGCCUCUUUGCACUACAAUUUGGUCAUGAAAGCAGGUGACCUCAAAGAUGAACUGUCAGCACAGAAGCAUGGUUUUUUUAAAACCCCAAAUCACAUUUAUUUCCACACAUGUGACACUGUCCAAGGGUACACCCAUUAUGGUAGCAUCGUAUCCCUGUGCAGACGUUCAUAGUUGGGAGGGGGCAGAAUCAUGACUGUGGUACCAAGUUCUGCCCUCUCAGUGCUCUAAGAUGCUUAUCGAAGUUCUGAAACUCUGAUACUGGUCCUUGAUUGCUAGGCUAGAAGAGAAGGGUGUACAAGUAUGUAGAAAUUACCCUACUGUACAAAGGUAAAAUCAUUGUAUUGCUCACUUUUGCCUCAGAUAGAUAGAUAGAUAUAACUUUAUUGUCAUUGUACAUAGUACAUAGUACAACGACGAAAUUGAAUGCCGCCCCAUGAAAACAACAACAUAAUUACAGCCACAUAUACACAUACAUACACACACAUCACAACUCCCCAAUAUCAUAUUAUUUAGUUACAGCAUUUAGGAUGGUUAUAGCUCUUGGAUAAAAACUGGUUUUUAAUCUUGUUCUUGUUCUAUAUCUCUUGCCCGAAGGCAACAGUGCAAAAAGACUAUAUCCAGGGUGAGAUGAGUCCUGCAAAACAGUAUUUGCUUUUUUAAGGCAUCAGGAACUGUAUAGUUCUUCCAGAGAUGGGAGGGGAUGACCGAUAAUCUUUCGGGCUGUGGUUAUGACCUUCUGGAGCACUUUCCUAUCCAUGACUGUGCAGCUGGAAAACCAAGCACAGAUACAGUAUGUAAGAAUGCUCUCUAUGCAGCUUCGGUAGAAGGACACCAGCAGUCUCUCACUCAGCUUGUUCUUUUUAAGCUCUGCCCAUCUCCAGAAUGUGGCCCACAGAAGGUUGCUCAGAUGGGAAUUCUGCCUUGAGCUAAAAUUCUUUUCCUGACCUUGCGCGACAUGCAUAGUCUGCCAUGUGAUCUACAUAAUGUUAAAAUGUCAUGUGCAGAUCACAUGGUCAUGCAAACGCCAUUGGCAUCUGUCUGUCUUGGGAGACAAUGAAGGCAACCAAACAGUCGGAAAGUUACAGCACCUGCUGUGGCUUAUAGAGACUGAGACCUGAGAGACAUGUUUUGUUGAAGCUGGGACAGAUGAAGGUGUCCGGUUGUGCUGCUGCAGAUGCACCAUGGCGUUUCUUUUCUCUGUGCGGUCAUUCAUCAUCUGGUCACCACUGCAGAUAAGCAACCUGACAGAUAGCCUCCAGGCACUGCCAUCAUCUGCAAGGGAUUACCACAUGGCAGGGUUAAUGUUGCCAGCCUUCAUGUCACAUUUGCAGACUUUUUUGUAAUGCAGAGUUGGUCGGCCAAUGGGCCUGGUGCCUGAAGCCAGCUCCCUGUAGAGCACAUCCUUGGGGAUCAAGCAUACCCUCCAACAUGAGUUUAUGGCUGCAACCAUAACCCUACUUACCUGGGAGUAAGCCCCACUGAAUUCAGGACUUGCUUCAGAGCGGUCAUGGAAAGCCCUGUGCAGUAAGUGUACUACACAGGCAUAGGGCAGGGUCACCACACACACACCUGUGUAAUUUUGCUCGUCACUUUUGACUCUGGCCUUUUCACAUUCAAAGGGUUUUACUAUCAUUAAUGCAGGUUCUAGGGCUUUAGCUUAGCCCAGAUAGACAUGAGCACAAGACUGGAUUCUUAUCCUAAGCAUAUUGAAUUCACUGACUUAGCAUAGCCAGAAGAACUGUUUCAUGCACUGAGAUAUUCACUGGGUGUCAAUAUAUGCUUUAAAAAAAACCCUGAUAUUUCAUUUCCUAUUUGAUUGAUGCAGUACUGACACUAAACAUUCAGAGCUGUGUGCUUCCUCCUCCAUCCCAGCAAUAUCUUAUACUUUUUUUAAAUUUGUGCUUAAGCUGUUAGGACUUGCUUGAUGUCCUGGACUAGAACAACUAAAGCAACAUUUGAUGGUUGAAAGCAAAGACUCUUGAACACUUAACAACUGCAGAAUUGUCCACAUCUUAAUCUAUUCCUGCAAAAAUUAUCACAAGUCUGAGGCACUUGUAAGGGUAGCACAUUUGUUGCUAGAGCCCACUUGAUUUGUUUGAAGCAUCUUGGAAAACUGGUAGGUAGCUUGUUUAGCUUAUACAGUGGUACCUCUACUUGCGAAUAACUCUACUUACGAAUGGAGCUCUGUCCGCCAUCUUGGUUUAGAUAGGGUUUUUUCUACUUACGAAUUUUUUAAUAGGGUUGCUUCGACUUACGAUUUUUUUCUCCCAAUGCAUUCCUAUGGGAUUCGAUUUACAAAUUUUUCCGCCUUACAAAUGUGCGUUCGGAACACAUUAAAUUCGUAAGUAGAGGUACCACUGUACGUAAAUCCAGCACUGCCAGCAUGCUUGUCUCUUUCAAGGGGGCCAGGGCUGCCUCUUUGCACAACAAAGUAUUAAUAGCCUCUUGCACCAGUCCAGUGAAUCCCCAUCUGCUUGAUGUAAUAGUCAAGAGAGCAAGGGCUGAGCAACUUAGAAGUAGGCCACACUCCUCAAAGCAUGUCUGCAUUGUCAGACUGCAGUUCUUCCCACAGAACAGGGUCAGUUGGUGCUCUGGCACAUCCUGAAACAUGUAUCAUUCUUGUGGUCUAAGGCUAGCUUCUUUAUAUGCUCUCUUCUUUCUGUGGGGAUGGGCUGUGUCUGUUUUUUUAAAUGCUAUGCCUUAGGGGGCUUCUCAGCCUGAUCUGCCUGUAGAUGUGCCAACAACAAAUGACACAGUGGCAAAAGUGUCUUGAUGGGAUCUGCCCGUACUGGGUCAAAUUGGUUUUUAGCCCUGAAGCACUGCAGAAAGCUCUGAAGUUGCCGGCAUUGCAAAUUCCAUGUUAGGCAAAACAUGGUAGAAAUGCAAAUUUUAAACGCACGUGCUUACUAUAUAGCCUUUACUAUCCCCUUUAUAUUCAGUUCAGCCAAGUGGCUGUUCUAGACAAAACACAAGGAGGUAUUAACUGCAAUCCUGCUAUCACAUUUCUAUGAAAGUAAACUGAUUUUCACAAAACAUACGAGAGGCACCAGUAGUAAGCAUGUCCACAUAUUGAAAAAUAUACAGACACAUACACAAAUACACACACACACACACAGAGAGAGAGUGCGCAGAAACAAUCUGUAACACUGGGUUCUAAAAGAUGAAUGACACAAGUUUCUGUAGGCAGCAGGAUAGUUAUUCUCACUCAUUUAUUUUUUUAAAUAAUUGCUUAGGGUUUUGUUUGUCAUAAGCUUAUCCUUAGUGCUGUUCUACUAGAUUUUGCCAA